AUGAGGCCCUCACGGACGGUCUUCGCACUUGCAUCCAGCUGCACAAAAGCUGCGUCGGCGAACAGUGGGCUCGCAGCCCGUCUAUCACCAUUUCAAGCCUCACGAACAGCACCACACCGACAGAUCUUCUCCUCGUCCAGAAGUCGGGUGCCUCUCAGCGUCAAAAUCAGGAACUACACCGCCCAAGCCCGCCAUGACAGCCCGAUCCUUUUCCGCAUGCUUCUCAUUGGCACCUUCGCCGCGGUGACAGCCCUCGCCUUCGUCUCCUACGAUGAGUACUUCCACCAAGCACCCAAAUUCGCCGACUACCCGCCCGAAGUGGAGCAGAUGCUCCGGCUCGCGCUGCACUACACCUACGUCAGGCCCGACAAGGACGCCGCGCUACGGAAGUUCCACAAUGCAGUGAAGCUGGCGGAGGAGAAGAGGAUGGAUCCUUUCGGAAAGCCGUUCAUAGGCCUGCGAAUCCGGUUCGCAGAAAUGCUGGAGACCUUCGGGCAUGUAAAGGAGGCGGUCGAGAAUCUGGGUAUGCUUGCACAAGAAUGCGAAGAUAAGAUUGAACCAUCCUCGGGAUCCAUUGAGCAGGACGCAUCCAACGAGCGUCGGAAACGCAUGGUCAAAACCGUCAUCAACUGCAAGAACCACAUGGCAGAGUUGUACCAGGGUGAGUACUUGCAAGACACGGACAAGGCCAAAGAGACUCUCUCAGAAGCCAUAACUUUGUUGGUCAAGGAGUCCCAGGACCCAAAGACCAAGGGCUUGAGCGACAAGAAUGGCGCCGACAUGUCGCAUGAGGAGAUUGCAAGUGUGCUCAACCAUAUGAGCACUUUGUACAGCGCCACCGGCGAGUAUGACAAUGCCCUUCAGACUAGGAUGCUCACGCUAGCGCCUCUGCGCGCCGCAUGCGACGGCUCCCGGACGUGUCGAGAGGGCCAUCUCCUGAGCAACAUCGCCCAUGACAUGUACGGAGCGCUCCAGCAACCAAAUGCCACGAUCAACGGUCAGCCCAAGACGGACGCCUCUGUAGCGGCUGCGCACGAAGCGAUCCUCGGCUGGCUGGGCGCGGCUCAGGAUACGAUUCAACCAAUACCACUGCAGCAAUGGAACGACGAGUGUGCUCUUGGCACCUUCAAAGUAUACUGGACCAUGGGUCGAGUAUACAUCGACAUGGGCGACAAGACUCGAGCCACGGCUGCUUUCAGCACGUUGCUCAGAGCUCUGAAGCAGCUUGGGCCAGAAGCUCUCAGGUCGAUCGGCCAGGAUCACUUGAUAGCAGAUACAGAAGACUUUCUACGCUUAACCGACCCGUUGAAUACAGAACAAAAGUUAGACCAAGAGAUUCAGGCAGCGGUCAAGGAAGCAACGGAAGAGGGCUUCCCUACAGCUAUCGAAGAGCAAGAGAAGUACUUUCACCAGCAGAUCGCACACGGAGAGGAACUGGCAGGCAAGGGCUCGAACCCAAUGCAAGCAGCACUGUGCUUCUACAAAGGCCUUAAAGUCUACUCGGACCCAACAUCCCUCUGGGACAUCUACAAGAGCACCGUUCCUGGAGAAGUCAUGAAGAUUGUGAGAAUCAUGCUCGUACAGGAUAAGGCUCUCAGAGGCAAAAUCGAGGACGCCGACAAGUUGGAUGAGGCAAGGGCCGCCUCCAGACUCCAUGAGAACAGGCAUGCGAAAUAG